CUCGUUUUCCUAAGUCUAAUAUCGUUCACAGCAGCAGACAUUACAAUAAUCCCCGGAAAUCCAGAUCCGAGACCGUACAAUGAGGAAUUCGAUCGGCGAGUCAGCUCCGUCCAGGAGCUAUUCCAAACUGGCGCCUUCAAUGAAGCACACUAUGUCCUCAACGACACCCAUAUCAUCGCCUCUUCUGCAGACACUCCAAACGGAACAAUCUCCAAGGACACUUAUGCAUCGUCUGACUCCUUCGUCCGGAGUGCCAUCCAAGCAUGGGGCCAGCACCACCACCUCGUCAUUCGUCCCGACGAAAUCUGGUUUACCAUAUUGGCACAGAUGAACUUCUACAUGAACGCCCACGCCGAGGACGUACGUGAAGUGUUCGUUGCAUUUGAGGGAAAGCAAGAAAUCAAAAUCCAGGACUUCACAUGGAACCUGGUGAUCGGACGAUUCGCUGAGGAGAUUCAAAAACGAGUCAAAACUCCCUGGUUGCUCGACUGGGUGAUGCCGAAAUUCAGUACCAGCACUGACAACGACGCGAUGACGGCAACCGUUCUCAUGAUGGGCCUCUUCCAAGCUUACUUCGACUACUUAGGGGGCAUCAUUUGCGGAUUGCCCUCAGUCACCCUCCUAGGGACCAAGGCCGACUGGGAGCGACUGCUAGCCAAACUCGAUCAUCUGCCCGAGUUUGGUGCCGAACCGUCCCUGUAUCGAGACCGUUUGAAGCCCAUCCUGAGCCGGUUCAUAGAAUCGUUCGACAAACCAAACGACCCGAAGAUCCGUGAAUUUUGGAGUUCCGUUAUCCAUGCUGAGCCCCAGUCCUUGUGCGGAGCUCCGCCGUAUCGCAUCUCCGGCUGGCUGACCGGGUUCAUAUCCUGGGAUAAGGACGGGAAAUACACGGCGACCGGGACGAUGAAUGAACUACUUGACGGGAUCUCAUAUCCAUCUUAUGAAAUCGACAAACUGCCAAUCGGGUAUGCAGGGGCACCGAUCACGCUGUUGGACUAUCCUGACCCAGGGACCCCAGAGUUCCCUGCGUACAUCCUCGCUGGCAACCUAGGGAAGGAAAUCAAACAAAGCGUACCAGAUGGCUACCUUGACGCCCUAACCAGCGUCAACUCGAGUUUGGCAGCUACGGAGCUUGCAGCUAUCAAUGCUGAACCAAGUCUUGAAUCACCCAAGAAGCAUUGGACGGUCCAGCCUCGCAGCGCCUGGCUGAUGUAUGGCCCAGUACCAACGAACGAGACCGAUCGCCGGGACAGCGGUGAUACCGAACUGAGCAAAUUGGUCAGCAUGAUCAGA